AUGGGCGGACCCAAUCUUGAAGUCUUCAAGUUUGCUAUCUACGUCUUCUUCCCUGUCGCCAUGAUGCUGCAUUAUGGAGAUCCAGACUGGUACCGAAAACAUGUCCUGACGUACAAAGACAGAAUAUUUCCGCCGGAUGAGCGCCUCGUAACAACACUGCCGACGGACCAGAGCGCACUUAAAGCAGAGCUUUCGAAGAUACGGGAGCGGAAUGCGGAGCGACGAGCGAAGGAGCGAGAAGAGUAUUCAAGCUAG